AGAAUACAUCAAACAGGACGAUGAGACACUGGUUGUGAAGAAACAAGUGAAGGGCCACGAUGACCCUCGACAGGGUUGUGGUGUGUUCGACAGCAUCGCUGUCGUCGCACAAGAAACAACAUUAUCGACUAGCCAACCCGACGCGAAGAAAGCUUCUCCCGUAGAAUCAGAGGCAACCACUGCCGCUUGUUCAGGCAACUGCAACAUCGCAGUCUCGUGGAUCGCGCGGCCAGAUACAACAGAGUCAGAGAAAGAUGCGCUAAUUCGAAGCGGAAGCAAUGUAGUCGAUAAUGGCGUUUUUGUCAAACACAAACUUGCACCUCGUGAACAAGAGGAAGUAGAAAAGGAAUCAAACGAAAGCCCGUAUAUCAAGUACCCCUUCGACUCCACGGACCUGCCACAAUUUCGUUUCUUCGCCAAUCACGGGCACUUCCCAAAAUUUCCGAAUGCGGUCACCCUCCACCUGGAGUGGGUCGCGCUGCUGGCGGUGAACCCGCUGGAAAACACGUUCAAGGCGCGCAUCAACUUGAUAUGGCGUUCUCAAAUGUUACAUUCUCAACUGUUACCUAGAUUUGUCAUGCAAAAACGGCAAAAGUGAAAGGGGGAAGAUUGCGCCUUUUGCAUUACAGAUUUGGCACAGAUUUAGAUGCUGUCCAGCCCUUCGUAGAUUUGCCAUGCGAAGGAGCGUAAGCACGGCGGUCUUGGUGGUAAAAUUGCAUGACAAAUCAUGUAACAGUUGAGAAUGUAACGCUUGAGAGUUCCAUACUUGACCGUGGACUGGUUUGACCCUGCAUUCGCACACGGACCCUACAUUGAUAGAUCCGAUGAGUUCGUGUUCGCCAACACGCGGCCGGUUCUGUUUUUCGCGAACUGCGUCGAACUGACAGAGACGGCGUUUGGGCCCAUGUUGCAAUUGGACCACGACGGCGACAGGGAGAAGGCGGAGGGCGGUCGGCCGGCGGAGAAGGUACUGACAGCACAGUUCUCCACACCUCUAGUACGGCUUGUUACUGUUUAUUCGUCGUCUCAGUUGGAUUCACAUUCAUUUAAUGCUUGAGAGUACCACGACGACAUUGGGUGGCUGGGUAUUGUUAAUGGAUUAUGCCAUAUGGGAAGGACAGUCCAAAAUUCAUAUGUAGUCACACUCCCCUAGGUAAUGUACCGGCGCGACGGCGCUGUGAAAAAUCCUCCCGGCACACUGCGGAAGUCCGGUUUUUUUACCGGCACCUUUACCGAAUCGUUUCAGCUCCGCGAGUUUCCCUGCGACGUCCAAAGCCUAACGAUACAGAUUCGCAUGUGGGGGGCCGGUAUGCAUUGCAAAAGUAUCGUACUCGUAUAAAUGCAUGACAAAUUUUUGUUCCCUCAGCAUGAGAAACCAAAUGUGUAAUGUGGAUCUACCUUGAGUAAAAAAUUUGUAAUGCAUGACUGCAACUACUACGAGUGCGAUGGUUUUACAUAGGAUAGCCGGUGUGGCCGCGAACCCGGACUACGGAAAGUAUUUCGUCGGAAAGCGGAACCGGAUAUGAUCCACAAAAAAGACCAAACCCCUUGAUUGUUGUUCCCCACCAGCAUCGAAUUUGUCUCGCAAUAAAGCAUGCCUCAAACCUGCCUGUGCUCUUUGUCAUGCAAAAAAUGGAUGGAGAUCGAUAGGUCUUUUCCUGUGGAUAUCGGAUCAACCAGAAAAUGAUGGGGGAGAGCUUGAUUGA